AUGUUCAACGACUUGAAUGAAGCAGGGAAGAGAAUAGGACUGCGAAUAAACAGAAAGAAGACACAGUUCAUAAAAAACACCCACUGCGAGGACGGAGGAAUACAACAUGAAGGCUCCCAAAUCGUGGAAACUUCGUCAUACGUAUACCUCGGACUUUCUAUGACCAUGGAAAACGACUUGAGGAAAGAACUGAAUAGAAGAAUGAGAGCAGCAUGGGCAGCAUUCGCAGCCGUCUGGGAAGCUAUGGACCAACUGACGGACCAAGAUCUUCGUGCCCAUCUGUUCGACUCGACAGUCCUUCCAGCGCUCUGUUACGCAGCUGAGACGUGGGCAGACAGUGCUGCCUCUGAAAUGGACAUUCCAGGCGGUAAAAAACAACAUUUUCGACACCUUCUUUACUUCGCCUUUCGCCGAGGUCAAAAAGCCACCGAAGCUGCUCGGGAUAUUUGCGCCGUGUAUGGAGAGGAUACUAUAACUGCGAGGACUGCUCGAAAUUGGUUUGCCAAAUUCAAAAAUGGCAAUUUCGACCUGGACGACUCUCUCCGCUCUGGUCGACCUUCUGACUUCGACGAGGAUAGUCUCAAAGCGCUUUUGAAGGAAGACGGCCGUCGAUCAAGUCGGGAAUUGGCCGAGAAGAUGUACUGCGACCAAAAGACAAUUUUGAACCAUCUUCACUCAAACAAAGAAAAUCGCCUUCAAAUCGCAGCCCAACAUCUCGCCCGACACCGGGCAACAAGGAAGCAAAGGAAGGAAUGGGUGGCUCCAGGAGGCACGCCAAAACCAAGAGCGAAGCAAGACCUUCAUCCCAAGAAGACUAUGAUCUGCGUUUGGUGGGAUUGGGAGGGUCUGGUGCAUUGGGAAAUGCUGGAGAAGAACAAGACGGUCGAGAAAAAUCUCUAUAUAGCCCAGCUUCAUCGAGUAAAAGAGGCUAUUCAACUGAAAAGACCUCAUCGACGAGGCCAAGUCAUCCUGCUUCACGACAACGCACGGCCUCAUACAGCAAACAUCGUCAAAGCCGCCCUCCAAGAGCUCGAUUGGGAAGUCCUUCAGCACCCACCGUACUCUCCGGACCUUGCCCCAACAGAUUAUCACCUUUUCCGCUCGCUGUCGAACCAAAUGCGAGGUGUUACCUUCGACAACAACGAGGACCUCGAAAAUUGGCUCAACAACUUCUUCGAGUCCAGGCCCGGCGGUUUUUGGCAAAACGGUAUUAACAAGUUGGUCGAGAGGUGGGAGCAGGUCGUAAACAAUGACGGAGAAUACAUAAUUGAUUAA